AUGAAGAUUCUUGCACUCAUCUUUGCUUAUAUGAUUUAUGUUGCCUCCUGCUUCUCAGAAGUUAAGAGACAGAAUGGACCAUUAUCUCUAGUUUGUUUUUCAUCUAUUGAGACUAGUAUUCUAACAAGUGCAGAUAUAGAAGUAGGUGUUGGCCAAACUUUAUUGGAUUUUACUCAAUGCAUUUUAAACGGCACUAUUGGUCAAUGUCAGUAUCAAUGUGUUAUUGAUUACAGUCAGUUUAAUGGCGAUGAACUUCAGUUUUUUGAACAACAAUUUCAAACAUGUUGGAAUUUAUGUGCAAGUGAGUUAAGCAUUACUAACUUCGCUAAUCAAGAAUGUUAUUCAACUGGCAUAGAUAUAAUUUCAAAUAUUCAACCACUUAGCCUUAAUGCAACUCAGAAUAUAGAAAAUAAUUUCUGUAAUGAUCUUCUUAAUCUGUUAAAAGGUUACGGCUAUCCAUUUCCAACCAUAUGUUGA